CAAUAUCAGUCACUGUAGUAAGUUGGCCUACGAUUUACGGUUUGUGGCUCGUGCUAAUCAACCGAACUGUUCGUGUCACGGAAUAAUUUGACGAUUGUCAGUUGUCACCGCAAUUAAAAUACAUAGGCAUUCAAGUUUCUGUUUACGAAAAAAUCAGUAUCUAUUAACAACUAUGUUCGUAAUUUAUUCAGCCGAAGUUCGGCUGCUAAACGCAUUUCUUUAGACACCGUUUCGUCGUAUUAUACUACAUAAUAGAUUACUAUUAAACUCUUAGUGUUAAUCUUCAACGACCUAAACACCUAACAGUAUGACGAAAAAUCGCGAUGAAAUACUUUUGAGCGAAGAAUACGGACCAGGAGAGUGCAAUGUCAUAUACAAGAGACAUGACCAACGGCAAUUGAUAUUGGAAUCUGAAAGACGGAAACAGUCCACUAGUUUCAUUCGUAGCUCAGUUAAUAUACUAAAAGAAGUAUUUCUACCAAGAGGAUUUCCAAAUAGUGUGAGCAAGGACUAUACAGAAUAUCAAAUUUGGGAUACUAUACAGGCGUUUUGUAGUACAAUAUCAAACAUAUUAGCUACAAAUGCUAUUCUGAAAGGUGUCGGUGUAGGUGAUGCUCAAGCUACAGCUCUUGCUGCAUCCAUUACUUAUAUACUUAAAGAUGGAGCUGGUAUGAUUGGGCGCAUAACUUUUGCGUGGUGGAAAGGAUCUGAAUUGGAUACACAAUGUAAAAAGUGGAGACUCCGGGCAGAUGCACUUAAUGAUUUGGCAAUAUUCAUUGAAUUACUUUUAGGUAUUUCAUGGGUUAAACCGUUUUCGAUAAUAAUCCUAUCAUUUUCAAGCUGUGCAAAGUCCAUUGUAAGUGUUGCUGGAGGAGCCACACGUGCAGCAUUAACACAACACCAGGCUAUUCGUGAUAAUAUGGGAGAUGUUUCAGCAAAAGACGGUAGUCAAGAAACUUGUAUUAAUCUACUUGCUUUUCUUAUUGGAUUAAUCAUGUUACCAAUUGUAGAAAACCGUAUUUUAUUGAUAUGGAUGAUUUACUCAGUAGUAACUUCAUUACAUUUAUUUGCCAACUACAAAGCAGUCAAAAGCUUAAAUAUCAAUGUUUUCAACAGUGCCCGUUAUGAUUUGACUCUUAAAUAUUAUCUGUCUAAUGAUACACAAAACCAUGAUGUACAAAAACCUGACUAUAUUAAUAAACGAGAAGCUUGUUUUUUAGAAGAUGAAAAGCUGUCUUCAUUUAAAAUUCAAUUGGGGGCAUCCGUUCAUGAAUUGUUGUAUACAAAUACAUUAACUACAUGGGAUAUAAUUGAUCACAUUGAAAUGUAUAAAGAUUAUCUUUAUAUAUUGAUUAUUGAUACACAUAAAGACAUCAUCCGUGUAGUGUUAGAUAAAAAUAUCAACACUGAAAAUAUUUUAAAAGCAUACUUUCAUGCUAAUAUACUAGGUCAUUUAAUUAGUCCCAAGAAUAAAUUGUCAUUGAUAAAACUCAAUUCUCUUCGUUCUAUGAAAUAUACAUCCAACAACACUCAAUUUGGUUGCACACAUUCCGAGUAUGUUCAACUAGCAUGCGAAUUUGUUAAUAAAAACUUUGAUAAGUUUCUCCUCCAUGCUAAAAUGUCAGAUUGGAGCUGUACAAGUCAUCAAUUAGUAGUAGAUGAAUGGAGGGCUUCAUGGUGACAGGAUAUUUAUUGUAAUUAUUUGGAUAAAAAAAACUAUUAAGCAAUGUUAAUAUUGUAAAUGAAAAUAUAUUUUUCACAAAAACAAAAAAUUCAUAGUUCA